AUGACACAACACUUCCCUUCUGGGACAAGAUCAACACUAUUUGAUGGCUACAAGACGCUUCCAUUUCUUUUUGAAAGUGUUGGUUUCGAAUCCGAUUGCCACUGGACAUUCCAAAGAAGCUUUCAUGUGAAGGGUUUGAAGAUGUUAUCUGGAAAGGUGGUUAAAGAGUUUGAAAGUGCUUCGGGUGGCUCCAAAUGGGUCAGGUCUGUCAGCUACAAGGCUUUUAUAUGCUUGCUGGAAAAGUUAGGCCAUGAAGCCUGUGAUAGGGUGGUUGUUUGGGAGAGUUUCUUAAAGCAUGUAGAGAUGCAAACCUAUGACAUAACAUUUUCUGUGGCAUCUACAAUGUUGAUUUCUUGGACUGCAGUCAUCAUUGGAAUAGGUUUGUUUGACAAGCAAGCAGAGGUGUACUUGAAUGGAAGGCCAACUUAUCCCAAGGAAUGGUAUUCCAAGUUAGCAGCUCUCACCCCUCACCACACUCUAGCCUGGGAUGUUGGAACAGGCAAUGGCCAAGCCGCCAUAAGUGUCGCCGAACACUAUGAACAAGUGAUCGCAACCGAUGUGAGUGAAUCCCAGCUGCAGCAUGCAAUACCGCAUCCUCGGGUUCGAUAUGCCCACACGGCAUUGAACAUUACAGACGAGGAAGUAAUAGCCUUGUUAGGUGGUGAAGAUUCAGUUGACUUGGUGACUGUGGCUACAGCUGUGCACUGGUUCGACCUACCAAAGUUUUACAAUCUUGUUUCACGUCUUUUGAAAAAGCCAGGAGGUGUAUUGGCUGUUUGGACUUACGGUGGCAUUGAAGUAAGUCCAACAUUUGAUCCUGUUAUGAAGCGAUUUCAUGACACAACACUUCCCUUUUGGGACAAUAGAGCUCACUAUGCGUUUGAUGGCUAUAAGACACUUCCAUUUCCUUUUCAAAGUGUUACGGGUUUCGGAUGCGAAGGGAACCCGUUGACACUGGCCGUUCCGGCGAAGCUGUCAUUUGAAGGGUUUUUGAAGUAUCUGAAGUCAUGGUCUGCAGUCACUACAGCCAAGGACCAAGGUGUGGAUUUGUUACCUGAAAAGGUGGUUAAAGAGUUUGAAGCUGCUUGGGGUGAUUCUAAAUUGGUCAGGUCUGUCAGCUACAAGGCUUUUAUGCUUGCUGGAAAAAAUACAACUUCUUCUCGCAUCCAUCCUUCCCUGCGAUUAUUUGAGAUCAAAUCCAUUCCCAGCGGCGGCUCCAUUGCCAGCGCUCUUGAAGAACACAAUUUGUUAUUGCCCAAGUGGUUUCUUCUAGGACUAUCUUCUUACUCCUACUCCAGAGCGGCAGUUGAAUUUCUAAAGGCGCCUUCAUCCCCGAUCCGAGUUGUUAUGGAUAAAUCUUGGGUUAAAUUAGAUAGGGCAGGUGAAGAAUAUAAGACGUGUCUGCAACAAUUUAUUGAUGAUUCAUUGCUUGUUGCAUCUCACGAUGGGAUGCUCAAAUGUCCUUGCAAGAAGUGUUAUAAUCGGUUUUGGCGUGAACCAAAUCUUGUUUGGGCACACUUAUUAUAUGAAGGGAUGGAUCCACAUUAUGAAGAUCAAGUCUGGGUUUUUCAUGGUGAACAUUUACCUGACCCUGACUUCAUGGAGGAGGUAGAAGAGCAACAAUUGUGUGAACCCACAAUUAAUGAAAUCCACAAUGUCUUGUAUGAUGUUUUUAGGAGCGAUAGCUCUGCGAAUGAUCCCCAUGUUGAUACAGAGGGUCAAACUACUAAUGUGUGA